AUGUCGCUCAUAGAUUCGGAAGCUGCGUUUAAGACGCACUGCGACAGAGUGGACAGCAGUGGAGGCCUUUGGCAAAUCUUGGAUGCCAAUGAGCUCAGAACUUUUUCUGCUUUAGGCUUUGCAAUUGGCACGCCGCAGAGUCCACCCAGUGAAGACGAGUUCCGAGCUUUUUCCACUCGCCUGAAUGCGGGCACGGCGAUGAGCAUGGGUGAGUCGGCAAGGCUUAAGAGAGUCCAUUUUGAAGCAUGCACUAUGAUUGUCGCCCAUUUGCGUUCCCAAGUGAAUCAGGAAACAGGCGGUGAGACCAUUUGGAAGCUACCAACCGCGGAGAAGAUUGCAAGGCUGGAGUUGCAGCAAGCCAGACUUGGUGGCAUUUCAAUCACUGGAGAUUUGCAGCCUUCGUUCGCAUUGGUUGACCUGGCCACAAUGUGUGAAACCAACGCAGUGGUGUGGAUUGCACCUUCUCGUUGCAGCAAACGUGAACAUGAAGUGCAGCUGUCGACAAAAGCUAAGCCGCAGAUUGUUUCGGUUGAGCAGAACUCUUUGCGAUUGACUUCCUCAGAGCAGGACACCAAAGCAGACGUCUCGACAGAGCUGCAGUGGCAAUUUGCCAUGCAGCGGAGAGGCAUUGCUUUUGACCAGUCGGGGCUCAUUGCUUGGAACACUCAUCAACGUUGGACGCAACAGCUCCUGGCCACGCUCAUGAGGGAACCUCCUAUCGGCUUUGUCAAGGUGCACUUGGAGCAGGUGACAUCCGCUGACAGGGAGCUUUUCUCCCUCAUAUCUGCCGAGCUGCAGAAAGCCACCACGGUGCUGACGGCCACUCCUCCGCCAAUGGCUGUGGAGAUGGAAAAGCUGAGGCGACAGGGGUCGCAGUGCAGCUAUGCGGCGGAGUUGCAAGAGAAUGCCUCCAAGAGGACGAGAAUUCAAUGGAAAUGGACGCAGCGCGCCAAGGAGUUGAGUGCGGAUGAGAAGUCAUUCAAGCAGAGGUUGCCACCUCAUAUGGCGGAGCUCUUGAAGAAGAAAAGGAUCAAAUUACUGGGUGAAAUGCUAGCGGACCUGAAGUACCCUGACGCUCAUUUGGCAGAAGACAUCGCAGCAGGUUUGCGCCUGGCAUGGACUGCAUACUUUGACGAUUACACCAAUUUCUCAGCUGAGAACACAGCGAGCAAUGCAGAAGGGGCCAUUACCGGGCUUUUCAAUUUGCUGGGCCUUGACUUCGCGCAGUCUGGGGACAAGGCCUUGAAAUACUCGCAAGAGUUCAAAGCACUGGGAGUUUGUUUCGACCUGUCGGAGGCCUCUGAAGGCAGGGCGUCUAUUGGACAUACUGCCGAGAGGAGGAGUGAGAUUGAGCUUGUCUUGACGGAUGAUAUCCUCGACAAAG